GGAUAGGAUUUAGCCCCCCCUGUUUUCAAUGGAUGGCAAUUUAGCCACCUAUUUUUUUUUCAACCGUUGAUUAGUUAGCCAAUUUACGAUAUGAUUAUGCUAAAAGUUCUAUGAUGUUUAUCAAACUAAAUUAGUCGACUGUGAUGUCGGGUUACUUUAAGCAUAUAAGAACGUGUGUUGUUUUCAAAUGCACCAAACCAAUGGCGAGAGAAACACCACUUUCCUUUUGCUACUACUGUCUUCUUUAAUAAACAACAACCGAAUUUAACAUCAUUUUCUCGUAUUCAAAAUGAUUUCUGUUUCAUCACUCAAAUCUCUCUCAUCAAUGGCGGAAAACACCUCGCUGACGUCAUUCAUCUUCCUAUCUCCAUCUCCUCAGAGACUCCUCUUAGCUUCCAUUGACACCUUAUUCCUACUCAUCCUCUUCGUUUUCAUCCUCCAAAAGCUCUACUCAAAGCUCACCUCGUGCAACAAUGGCGACUAUCCCGCCAUUAACGAACCUCUGAUACCUAAAACACUAGAAUCUAUCAAAAUCAACCUCUGGUUCAAACUAUCUCUUACAUCUUCCACAAUACUAGCACUUUUAGCGAUUUCUUCAUCCAUUUUAGCCUUCCUACAGAACACUGAGACUCCAUGGAAGCUAAUCAACGGAACAUGCUGGUUGAUUCACUCGAUAACGUUUAUUAUAAUCACUGUUUUAAUCUACCACCAGAAGAACGUUGUAACCGUAACUCAUCCACUCUCUCUUCGAGUAUUCUGGAUAUUAAACUUCAUAGCGGUUGCAUUAACCGCUUGUUCGAGCAUCUCCCGCCUUAUUUCAAAAAGUUCUUUGUCAGAGCCUCUAGACUGGAUUUCAUCAAUCUCACUCCCGUUCUCGUGUUUCUUCAUGAUUGUUUCAGUAACCGGUUCAACCGGAAUUACUGUCACACCAGAUUCCAAACCUCAUGAAGUGGACAAAUCAUUAAACGUAAGCGGAUGGGCCUCGGCUUCAUUCGUAUCAAAACUGUUUUGGUUUUGGAUGAAUCCGUUGCUGAAAAAAGGUUACGAAACUCCGUUAAAGCUCGAUGAUAUCCCUACGCUUUCGCCUGAACACCGAGCUGAGAAAAUGUCGAUAUUGUUCGAACAAAAUUGGCCCAAAGCUGAAGAGAAUUCGAAACAUCCUGUUCGUACCACGCUCAUUCGUUGUUUCUGGAAACAUAUCAUGUUUACCGGGUUGUUAGCCAUUAUGAAGCUUUGUGUCGGGUAUGUCGGGCCGUUGAUGAUACAAAGAUUUGUCGAUUUCACAUCGGGCCAGAGGAGUUCACCGUAUGAAGGAUAUUAUUUGGUACUGAUUCUCCUAGUGUCCAAACUUACAGAAGUUUUGGCUUCAAAUCAUUUCAAUUUCUUUACUAAGAAGACUGGGAUGUUGAUCAAAUCGACUUUGAUAACAUCUUUAUACAAAAAGGGGCUAAAACUGUCGUGUUCUGCUCGACAAUCGCAUGGUUUGGGGCAAAUCGUGAACCAUAUGGCGGUCGAUGCUCAACAGUUGGGGGAUGUUAUGGAUCAAAUACACGCGGUUUGGCUUGUGCCGCUUCAAAUCAGUGUGACGAUAGUUAUUCUUUAUGCUCAACUUGGAACGUCCACUUUGGUUGCAUUGAUUGCGGUUUUGGUGAUUUUGUUGUUUGUGUAUUCGGGUACUAAGCGAAAUAAUCGCUACCAGUUUAACAUAAUGAAGAGCCGAGAUUCGAGGUUGAAAGCGACUAACGAGAUGUUGAGUAACAUGAGGGUGAUUAAGUUUCAAGCGUGGGAAGAACAUUUUAACGAUAGGAUUCGAUCGUUUAGAGAAUCGGAAUAUGGUUGGAUUUGUAAGUUUAUGUAUACGUAUGGUGCGAAUAUUACCGUGUUAUGGAGUAUGCCUUUGAUUAUCUCAACGCUCACAUUCGGGAGCGGGAUUUUGCUUGGGGUAAACCUUGAUGCAGGGACGGUUUUUACCGCCACGUCGUUGUUCAAGAACUUGCAAGACCCGGUAUUUAGUUUUCCCCAAUCGAUGAUAUCGCUUUCCCAAGCGGUGAUCUCGCUGGGACGAUUGGACAGGUAUAUGAUGAGUAACGAGUUGGAAGCAAGUUCGGUUGAAAGACACGAAAACAGUGACAGUGCUGUGGCUGUUGAGGUCCAAAACGGGUCGUUUAGCUGGCACGAUGACCCGUCAGAAGGUGAGACCAUCAAGAAUAUAAACUUUGAAAUAAAAAAAGGCGAACUCGCGGUCAUUGUUGGGACUGUUGGCUCAGGGAAAUCAUCUCUACUCGCAUCAGUUAUUGGCGAGAUGCACAAAACCUCUGGCAAGGUAAAAGUUUUUGGAAGCACCGCGUAUGUUGCACAAACGGCAUGGAUUCAAAACAAGACAAUUCAAGAAAACAUUUUGUUCGGUUUGCCAAUGGAUCAACAUAAGUACAAGAAUGUAAUAAGAACUUGUUGUUUGGAGACGGAUCUCGAAAUGAUGGAAUUCGGAGAUCAAACUGAAAUCGGGGAGCGCGGGAUCAAUCUUAGUGGUGGCCAAAAGCAGCGGAUUCAGCUCGCGCGAGCAGUUUAUCAAGAUUCUGACAUUUAUCUUCUUGAUGAUGUGUUUAGUGCUGUUGAUGCUCAUACCGGCUCACAAAUAUUCAAGGAUUGUGUUAGGGGAAUCCUAAAAGACAAGACAAUCCUACUUGUUACUCACCAAGUCGAUUUCCUCCAUGAUGUCGAUCUUAUACUCGUAAUGCGCGAUGGGAUGAUCGUUCAAUCCGGAAAGUAUGACGAUCUAAUACAAUCCGGACUCGAUUUCAAAGCAUUAGUAGCUGCUCAUGAGAGCUCAAUGCAGUUAGUAAACGCGGAACCAACCAAGCCACAACCCAUAACAAAAUCUAACAGCAUUAAGUUGAAAGAACACACCAACGAGGAUCCGAAACCUGUAUUACGACCUCAGUCGAGUUCGAAAACAGGAACAUCAAAACUGAUUGAAGAUGAAGAACGAGAAACAGGAAGAGUGAGUCGACAUGUCUACAAAGUGUAUGCAACCGAGGCUUUUGGCUGGUCUGGUGCGGUUCUAGUUUUGUUGUUAUCAGUUAUGUGGCAAUCUGCACAAAUGGCGGGUGAUUAUUGGUUGGCUUAUGAAACGUCGGAGGAUCGAGCUGCGUCUUUUGAUCCUAAGGUGUUCAUGGGAGUUUACGCGAUUAUUGCAGGGGUUGCAUUUGUUGUGAUUCUUGGAAGAACCUACUUCACUAUGUUCUUUGGGCUUGUGACUGCCCAAAAGUUCUUUAAACAGAUUCUUCAUAGCAUACUUCAUGCUCCAAUGUCGUUUUUCGACACCACCCCUUCUGGAAGAGUUCUUAGUCGGGCAUCAACUGAUCAAACCAUCAUCGAUAUUCCCCUUCCACUAGUGAUGAACAUGACCAUUGCUAUGUACAUGUCAGUGAUCGGCAUAAUCAUCAUAACCUGUCAAUACGCUUGGCCGACGGUCUUCCUACUGGUUCCACUUGGUUGGCUCAAUUUAUGGUAUCGGGGGUAUUACCUUGCAACUUCGCGUGAACUAACGCGACUUGACUCGAUUACAAAAGCACCUAUCAUCCACCACUUCUCAGAGAGCAUCUCUGGGGUUAUGACGAUCCGGUGUUUUAGAAAACAAGACGGGUUUAUUCAAGAAAAUGUUGAUCGGGUUGAUGGAAAUCUACGAAUGGAUUUCCACAACAUUGGAUCAAAUGGAUGGUUAGGAUUUCGUAUGGAGUUUCUUGGAAGUGUGUUUCUUUGUGCUUCCACUAUUUUCAUGAUCCUCUUACCUAGCAAUAUCAUUAAACCCGCGGACGUUGGAUUGUCACUUUCAUACGGAUUAUCGCUCAACGGCAUUUUGUAUGCGGCUUUAUUCACUAGCUGCUUUGUUGAAAACCGAAUGGUUUCAGUUGAGAGGAUAAAACAGUUUAUCAACAUACAACCAGAAGCAGAGUGGGUGAAGAAGGAUAAACAGCCGCCUGCAAACUGGCCUACUCAUGGCAGUUUGGAGCUCAGAAACUUGCAGGUUAGAUAUCGUCCAAACACGCCUCUUGUGCUUAAAGGGAUUACUUUAAAGAUUCAAGGGGGCCAAAAGAUCGGUGUUGUUGGUAGAACAGGGGGAGGAAAAUCAACUUUGAUACAGGUUUUGUUUCGGCUGGUGGAGCCCGACGGGGGAAGUAUUAUCAUUGAUGGCAUUGACAUCUCAACGCUCGGGCUUCACGAUCUUAGGUCCCGAUUUGGCAUCAUUCCCCAAGAACCAGUCCUUUUUGAAGGAACUGUGAGAAGCAACAUUGACCCCAUUGGUCAACAUUCUGAUGAUCAGAUAUGGAAGAGCCUCGAACGCUGCCAGCUGUAUGAUGUUGUAGCUGCAAAACUUGGAAAACUUGAUUCUAAAGUUGCCGAUAGUGGUGAUAAUUGGAGUGUGGGACAGCGACAACUUCUUUGUCUGGGACGGGUGCUACUGAAACAAAGCAGAUUAUUGUUCAUGGAUGAAGCAACCGCUUCAGUUGAUUCACAAACAGAUGCUGUAAUUCAGAAAAUUAUAAGGGAAGAUUUUGCUGACUGUACUAUCAUUAGCAUUGCUCACAGGAUACCUACUGUUAUGGACUGUGAUCGGGUUCUAGUCAUUGAUGCAGGGUAUGCAAAAGAAUUUGAUGAACCUUCGUGUUUGAUUCAGAAGCCCUCACUUUUUGGGGCGUUGGUUCAGGAAUACGCAAACCGAUCAUCUGGACUAUGAUCAGAGAAACGACACCGGACUGGAUAUUCUAGGUUCCGUUGUAUUUUGUAUGUUGAUUAAAGCGUUAUUUUAGAUAUUAUCAAUGGAUGCAUUUUUGUUUAGAAUAUUAUCAUCUUGUUUCACAACAGAAAAGUCUGUCUAGAUAAAAUGCACAAGUUCUUAA